AUGACCGCCGGUUCCGGGAUCCGAGCAGAUGGCCCCCCCCAUGGUGGAAUUCAGUAUGAAAUGGUCUCCGUUUUCAAGGAUGGGAGCCCUAUCCUUCGAGACAUGGCCUUCUCCACCGACCAGAAGUAUCUGUAUGUCAUGUCAGAAAGACAGGUGUCCAGGGUUCCUGUUGAAUCCUGUGAGCAAUACACAACCUGUGGGGAAUGUCUGAGCUCAGGGGACCCUCACUGCGGCUGGUGCACUCUUCACCACAUGUGCUCCCGGAAGGACAAGUGCGAGCGAGCAGAUGAGCCGUACCGAUUUGCAGCCAGCAUCAACCAGUGUAUGAGUGUCACCGUGCAGCCCAGCAGCAUCUCUGUGUCUGAGCACAGCCUUCCGCUCAGCCUGCUGGUGAGUGAUGCUCCAGACCUGUCAGCUGGAAUCACCUGUUUGUUUGGAAACCUCACUGAGGUGGAAGGCCAAGUUUCCGGCAGCCAGGUUGUCUGCAUUUCACCGGCCCCUAAAGAUGUCCCCGCCAUUCCUGUGGACCAAGACUGGUUCGGGUUGGAGCUCCAGCUGAAAUCCAAGGAGACAGGAAAGAUGUUCGUCAGCACGGAGUUCAAAUUCUACAACUGCAGUGCUCACCAAUUGUGCCUGUCUUGCGUGAACAGCGCUUUCCGCUGCCAUUGGUGCAAAUAUCGGAACCUUUGCACUCAUGACCCCACAACUUGCUCGUUUCAGGAAGGACGGAUCAAUGUUUCUGAGGACUGCCCACAGCUGUUUCCCACAGAAGAGAUUCUGAUCCCAGUAGGGGAGGUGAAGCCCAUCACACUGAAAGCCAGAAACCUGCCCCAGCCCCAGUCUGGCCAGCGUGGGUAUGAAUGUGUCCUCAACAUUCAAGGAGUUAUUCAUCGUGUGCCAGCUCUGCGCUUCAACAGCUCCAGCGUCCAGUGCCAGAACAGUUCGUAUCUCUAUGACGGGAUGGACAUAAGCAACUUAGCAGUGGAUUUUGCUGUGGUCUGGAAUGGAAACUUCAUUAUUGACAACCCAGAGGAUUUGAAAGUUCACCUCUACAAAUGCGCUGCCCAGCGGGAGAGCUGCGGCCUGUGCCUGAAAGCAGAUCAGAAGUUCGAAUGCGGCUGGUGCAGCGGAGAGGCCAAGUGCACGCUCCGGCAGCACUGCAGUUCCCCCAUUCACCCUUGGCUCGACUGGUCCAGCAGGAACGUCAAGUGCUCCAAUCCCCGCAUCACCGAGAUCCUGACAGUGUCAGGGCCCCCAGAAGGAGGGACGCGGGUGACGAUCCAUGGCGUGAACCUGGGGCUGGAUUUCUCCGAGAUUGCCCACAACGUGCAGGUGGCGGGGGUGCAGUGCACUCCCCUGCAGGAGCAGUACGUCAUCGCAGAGCAAAUUGUGUGUGAGAUGGGGCAGGCCCUCCCAGGGAUCAGUUCCGGUCCAGUGCGCCUCUGCAUCGGAGAGUGCAAACCUGAGUUCAUGGCCACAUCCUCACAACAGUACAUGUUUGUGAAUCCAGCGGUGAGCUCCCUGAGCCCUAGCCGCGGCCCAGAGUCUGGAGGGACCAUGGUGACCAUCAGUGGCCACUACCUGGGUGCCGGCAGCAGCGUGUCUGUGUUCCUGGGAAACCAGACCUGCGAAUUCUAUGGGAGGUCCAUGAAUGAGAUUGUGUGUGUCUCUGCUCCGUCAGCACAUGGCUUGGGCCCUAUCCAUGUCUCUGUCAGUGUGGACCGGGCGCAGUUAGAGAGCACUCUGGAAUUUGAAUACAUUGAUGACCCCAGAGUGCAGCGCAUCGAACCUGAGUGGAGCAUAGCCAGCGGACACACGCCUCUGACAGUCACGGGGUCCAACCUGGAUGUGAUUCAGGAGCCAAGGAUCCGUGUGAAGUACAAUGGCAAGGAGUCUGUCAAUGUCUGUAAGAUUGUGAACACAACUACCCUGACUUGCUUAGCUCCACCCCUCACUCCUGAGUACCGACCUGGCUUGGAUGCUGUCGAGCGACCGGACGAAUUUGGCUUUGUCUUUAACAACGUGCAAUCCCUGCUGAUCUAUAAUGACACUAAGUUUAUUUACUACCCAAACCCAACAUUUGAGCUUCUGAGCCCUACUGGGGUUUUGGAUCAGAAGCCGGGAUCGCCCAUCAUCCUCAAGGGCAAAAAUCUGUGCCCACCAGCUUCCGGAGGAGCAAAGCUAAACUACACUGUCCUGAUUGGAGAUACCCCCUGUGCUGUCACUGUGUCUGAGACCCAACUGCUGUGUGAGCCCCCCAACCUCACCGGGCAGCACAAAGUUAUGGUGCACGUGGGCGGCAUCAUCUUCUCCCCUGGCUCGGUGAAUGUGAUCUCGGACAGCCUGCUGACCUUGCCCGCCAUCGUCAGCAUUGCGGCGGGAGGCAGCCUGCUUCUCAUCAUUGUCAUCAUCGUCCUCAUCGCUUACAAGCGCAAGUCCCGGGAGAACGACCUCACCCUCAAGAGGCUCCAGAUGCAGAUGGACAACCUGGAGUCUCGGGUGGCCCUGGAAUGCAAGGAGGCUUUUGCGGAGCUGCAGACAGACAUCAAUGAAUUAACCAGUGACCUGGAUCGCUCCGGGAUCCCAUACCUUGAUUAUCGGACAUAUGCCAUGAGGGUCCUUUUCCCUGGCAUCGAGGACCACCCCGUCCUGCGUGAGCUGGAGGUCCAAGGGAACGGGCAGCAGAAUGUGGAGAAGGCCUUGAAGCUCUUUGCCCAGCUAAUCAACAACAAGGUGUUUCUGCUGACAUUCAUCCGGACCCUGGAGCUGCAGCGUAGCUUCUCCAUGCGCGACCGUGGCAAUGUGGCUUCCCUUAUCAUGACAGGCCUGCAGGGAAAGCUGGAAUAUGCAACUGACGUGCUGAAGCAGCUGCUCUCAGACCUGAUUGAGAAGAACCUGGAGAAUAAGAAUCACCCCAAACUGCUCCUGCGCAGGACCGAGUCUGUGGCUGAGAAGAUGUUGACUAACUGGUUUGCCUUCCUCCUCCAUAAAUUCUUAAAGGAGUGCGCUGGGGAGCCGCUCUUCAUGCUGUACUGUGCCAUCAAGCAGCAGAUGGAGAAGGGCCCUAUCGAUGCCAUCACAGGGGAGGCACGCUAUUCUCUGAGUGAGGACAAGCUGAUCCGGCAGCAAAUUGAGUACAAAACAUUGAUCCUGAACUGUGUGAACCCCGAUAACGAGAACAGCCCAGAGAUCCCCGUGAAGGUGCUGAACUGCGACACCAUCACUCAGGUCAAAGAGAAGAUUCUGGAUGCGGUGUACAAAAACGUCCCCUAUUCCCAAAGGCCAAGGGCUGUCGACAUGGACUUGGAGUGGCGGCAAGGCCGGAUAGCUCGUGUGGUCCUGCAGGAUGAAGACAUCACCACCAAGAUUGAGGGCGACUGGAAGCGGUUAAACACCCUGAUGCAUUAUCAGGUGUCAGACCGCUCCGUGGUGGCACUCGUUCCUAAACAGACCUCCUCUUAUAACAUCCCCGCCUCUGCCAGCAUAUCUCGAACCUCCAUUAGUAGAUACGAUUCAACAUUCCGGUACACAGGCAGCCCAGACAGCCUCCGCUCCAGGGCACCCAUGAUCACCCCUGACCUAGAGAGCGGAGUGAAAGUCUGGCACCUAGUCAAAAACCAUGACCAUGGAGACCAGAAGGAGGGCGACCGGGGCAGUAAGAUGGUGUCUGAGAUCUACCUGACUAGGCUCCUAGCUACAAAGGGUACGCUGCAGAAAUUCGUGGAUGACUUGUUCGAGACCUUGUUCAGUACUGUGCACCGAGGCAGCGCGCUCCCACUGGCCAUAAAAUACAUGUUCGAUUUCCUGGAUGAGCAAGCAGAUAAGCACGGCAUCCACGACACAGAUGUGAGGCACACCUGGAAGAGCAAUUGCCUCCCUCUCCGGUUCUGGGUGAACGUAAUUAAAAACCCCCAGUUUGUGUUCGAUAUCCACAAAGGCAGCAUCACAGACGCCUGCCUCUCUGUCGUCGCCCAGACCUUCAUGGACUCCUGUUCCACCUCAGAGCACCGCCUGGGCAAGGACUCCCCCUCCAACAAAUUGCUCUAUGCCAAGGAUAUCCCCAGCUACAAGAGCUGGGUAGAAAGGUAUUAUGCAGACAUUGCAAAGCUCCCAGCCAUCAGUGACCAGGAUAUGAAUGCCUACCUCGCGGAGCAGUCGCGCCUGCAUGCCAUUGAGUUCAACAUGCUGAGCGCGCUCAAUGAGAUCUACUCUUACGUCAGCAAGUACAGUGAAGAGAUCAUCGGGGCUCUGGAGCAGGAUGAGCAGGCGCGCAGGCAGCGCUUGGCAUACAAAGUAGAACAGCUUCUCUGUGCCAUGUCUAUUGAGAGCUGAAGAAAGGAGAUGGUGCUCCUAGGACCAGGAGAAGGAACUAGUUACUCUUGGGAAUGAAGAGUAUGAACAAGCAAGGAAGGCACCGGACCCAUAGAAAUACUGAAACAUCCUCUGGGGGAAGCAGGGAUUGUCCCAGAUACUAAGUUCAAAAUCAUUUAGAUUCCAGUUUGAAAGGACAGCAAGAAGGACAGUGCAUCUCAAUGCAAAAUAGGGUCAAGCUGGAGUAAUUCUUCAAGUCAUAUGUGUGGAAGGAAGGAACCUGAGGAGUCUGGAUGCCUCCGUGACUGCUACUUUGCAUGAAAAUCAUUUGAUAUAUAUUAGGAAAUAAUGAAAACUGUAUUUAAAGGGUUUAAAAAAAGAGGGAAAGAAAAAAAAUUAAAGCAACCACAGUGGCCACACAGAUAAUUCAGCCAACAAAGUUCAAUUCCAAAUUCUCUCUCUCUCACUCGUCAGUUUCCCGUGGUGUGUGGCUCAGACGUUCUGCGAAUAGACUCCUAUGCUAAUCGGAAAAAUUGGAAAAUGAAAUUAUUCCUGUUCCUGGGAACUUUUAAAAAAUAUGAGCACAAGUUUGCACCAAACCUUUUUACACAAAGGAAGAUAAUAGUUUAGCUGGAAAUAAAUCCAGUGGCACCAGAAAGAACUUGACCUGAAUUACAGAACCAUCAGAUCAUCUAACCUGUUUGUCUUGAAAUCCAGCUUUAUCUGUGUAUUUAUAUAGUGUCAAUAUAUAGAUAUUAUAUAUAUAUUUUUUAAAUCCCACUUACUGUUGAAUGAUGGUGGGUCUGAUUUUAAACAUUUUUCUCUUUUAUUUCCAUUCCAUUUCAACACCCAGCUCCACUCCGGUGUAAAGAUUCCGCGGUAUUUUUGUUUGCUGCACUCGUGUUCCUGAAGAAUGUUCUGCCCUUCGUGGCAUUUGAAACUAAGGAAGUCAUAUACUGUUUAAACUGAAAUUGGUGCAUUGUAGGUUUCUACAGGUGCAAUUUAAGCAAAACCAAUUGGCUGAUCUUGUACAGUCGAGCAGAGCUGGGCUGAGACUGACUUAGUUGCUUGGGCUGUUAGUUGACUAGUGUUAUUUUGUUCCAGCCACAAUGUGAUUUCUUGCAGUAAAAAAAACAAACUAA